AUGUGGCGGAUUUUUAGCUUUGCGCUUUCUCAAAUUCAACCUUAUGUGAUGGCUUUGCAACUCCAUAUUCCAAAUAAGCAGAUGGUUAGAUUCAGAUAUGAUGAUAUAAUGACAGAUAUUGUUGCUAGAGAGAGUGGUAAACGAACAAUGUUGACUGCAUUUUUUGACAGAAAUAAAGAAGAAGAGAGUGCAAGACAAUAUUUAAAUAAAGACUUUCCAAAACAUUACACAUGGAAUGCGAUCGCACGUCGUUGGAAUCCGAGAAAACAAGGAUCAAUGAUAGGACGACUAGUUUAUGCUAAUCUCGCCGAAGAAGAGCGAUACUACCUACGCCUUCUUUUAUCUCAUAUUAGUGGGCCUACAUCUUUUAAAGAUCUAUUCACAGUCAAUAGCAUAGUAUACCCAACAUUCCGAAAAGCAGCACUUGAGAGAGGCUUAAUAGAGACAGACGAUAACUUAUCACAAUGUCUUGUGAAGGCUUCUUUGUUUCAGUUUCCCAAAGCUCUAAGGAGGCUAUUUGCGACAAUAUUAAUUUAUUGUGAGCCAGGAGAUAUUCGCAAGUUGUGGGAUCAGCAUUACGAUUCACUUUCAGAAGAUUAUAGACGACAAUGCGAAAGUGUUAACCGAGUUCGAAAUAUGGUCCUAACUGACAUCACAAGCUUUCUACAAUCUAUGGGUGAAACUCUUGAUGAUUUCGAUCUUCCAAAGAUAAAUGUAGAUACAACUUACAAUUUGGAAGUUUUCGUGAGGUACAAGAGGAAUACUCCGUAG